AUGACACUUAAAUCAAAGGAAAUGUUAAUUAUAUCCAAUUUGUUGACUAUCUUUUUAAUCAGUACUACAAUUAAGUUGAUUUCAUCUUUAGCCAUUUCUAAUUUAACAAGUAUCAAUCAAUUCAAAAGAGACUAUUACAAUUAUGCUUGUGAAUUAUCAACAAUUUAUGAUUCUUCUGAAUUUAUCUACGACAUUGAAAGGUCAAACAUCGUUGAUGGACAAGAAGGUUUACCGUUACAUUUAAUCAUCCGAUUAAUUAAUUCCAAUACAUGUUCACCGUUACAAGGAGUUUAUGUUCAUGUUUGGCACGCAAAUGCUUUCGGUCAAUUUUCAACUGGACGAACAAUCAACUCAAUGAAACUCAAUGAAUAUGAACUGUUUCUUCGUGGUCAUCAGAUUACUGACCCUCAAGGUGAUGUCUCUUUUAAGACCAUAAUACCGGGCUGGAUUUCUAAACGAACCAAUCAUAUUUAUGUUCGAGUGACUUUAGAUUCGACCAGCGAGUCGGCCAUUUACAAUGGUCAAUUGUUUUUCGAGGAAAAGUUUCUCGAGCUUGUAAAGGUUUCGUUUCCUUAUUCACUUCAUUUGAAAAAAAUCAAUUUCAUCACCAAUCAGGAUGAUUUAGUUUACAAUACGAAUCAUCAAGGAGCUGAAACUACACUUUCAUUAGCUGAAUUAGGAUCAGGAUAUCAAACAAUCAUAACUCUGGGUGUUGAUCCUUCAAAAGUUAUCAAAUAA